AUGACCAGCAUCGGAGCCAUCAACAUUCAGCGCGACAACUACAUCGACGACUACCACCGCUGCAUCGACCCAGCAACGACCACAAGCACAAUCACGUCCAGCACGACCUCAUUAACAACAACAACGACAACGUCCUCCUCCUCCUCCUCCUCAGCAUCAGCAUCAGCAACCCCAACCGGCCCCCGCAACCACAACAUAGCAGUCGGCCAAAAUGGCACAGCAUUCACCCCCUCCACCCUCAAAAACAUCCCCAUAGGCAGCAGCCUAACCUUCUACUUCUAUCCAACAAACUACUCCAUCGUCCAAUCCUCCUUCGACCAACCCUGCCAGCCCCUCGGCCAACGCGCCAUCUUCAGCGGCUUCAACCCUACUCCAAACAACGAUGGCAUCGCACGCCAGAAAUUCAUGUUCAACGUCACUGGCACGGAGACGAUGUGGUUCUACGCCAUUGAUGGGGAGUUACUCCUUGGUGGAGGUGCGAAUGUUUGUGAGAGGGGGAUGGCGAUGGUGUUGAAUCCGCUGCCAAAGGAGGACCCUAAUAGACAGACGUUGAGCGCGUAUAAGCGCAAUGCGGCGAACCCUGAAAUGAAUGGGAAUGGAGUGCAUCGUUGUCCCGCUGCUAUUUAUGGCGGUGAGGUCAGGGGUGUGAGUGACAAGGAGAAGGCGAGGUGGGAGAGUAAGCAUCCUGUUAGGGGUGUGGUGGCGAAUAGCACUGCUGCUGGAGAUGAUGAUAACAAUAAUAACAUCGAGAGUGAGAUUUUGAAUUAUGAGAGCAGCGCUGCGGGGAGAGGGAGUAGUGGGAAUAGUUUGAUGGCUCUUGGUGUGCUUUUGGGUGCUGGUGUUUUUGGCUUGGGGUUCUGA